UGACACCAUUACACUUAUAUAAUUGAAACUUUUUCCGAUCGAACAUAUCAUAUAUCUUCUAUAAAUAGAACUAAAUGAUCUUUUAACCUUCAAUUAGAACCUAAAGCUCGAAGCUCUUUUCCUUUUCUAGAAUGGAGACAGGAAAAGCGCAGUUAUCGGUCAUCAAGGCAUGGAAGGAACAGAAGAUAACAAAGGUCACUAGCAAGACUCAGAAGAAGCUCCAUGAGAUUUCAGGAUGGGAGAAUAAGAAAACAAGAAAGAUCGAAUCUGAACUCGCUAGUCUCCAGCGGAAGAUGGACAGUAAGAAAAUGGAGGAAGCAGAGAGACUAAGGAGCAAGAAAGCAGCAGUUCAUGCAAAAGCACAAGAGAAGAAAGCAAAGGUUCAAACUAGACGCGCUCAAGAGAUUCUCCAUGCCGAAGAAGAAGCUGCUAGGUUUGAAGCCACUGGAGAGGUUCCCAACAAGGCAUCUUGCAGCUGCUUCUGAUAUCAACCGUAACUUGUGUUGAAACGUAUUAUCACCCUUCUCCCCCUCUCCUUUGCUCAUACUUAAAACAUUUUACGUGUGUGUGUGUGUGUUUGCUUGUGUUUAUCAAGGAACAAGUGUGUGCUGAAAUAA